AUGUACGGCCCUAGAGUCUAUCAUACAGGCAAUGUGCUGUAUGGCUCAACCCAGCCUUCUGUCUACACUGAGAUCAACUCUCUGGCUGAUGCUAGAGAUGCGCUUUUGCGGAUCAAAGAGGAAGGCGUCGAUUCGUCCUUUACUGUCAAAAGCUACCAGCUCGUUCCUAGAUCGGCCAGGCAGAGGCUUCUGCUUGAAGCCGCUAAGCUAGGCAUGCUCGUCGUACCGGAAGGAGGGUGGUCAUUCGACUGGGGUCUGACCUACUUCAUCGAUGGUUACACAUCUCAGGAGCACUCUCUUCCUGUACCCGAGCUGUACGACGAUGUCCUAUCACUUGUUGAGGCCAGCGGCAGCUCAUAUACUCCACUGGCAGUCAUGAACUACGGGGGUCUCUUCGGCCAACAUUGGAUACACCAGAACGAGGAUAUACCUAACGACGCCAAGCUGAGGAAGUACCUCCUACCUGUUCUUCAACACGACUCGGUCAACCGCGAAACUUGCGAGGCGAGGCGUGAGGACUAA